CUGGCCGGUCAAACUUCAUUCCCGCACAAGAACAAGAAAUUAUCUCCUGUGCGGCCCCACCGCAGGAUACCUUCUACCCGCCAUUUGGCCUGACCUCAUUCCCCCCACCCUGUCUUCAAAACCCCUUCUCCCUCCCCGCCCUCCGCUCCCCCCACAAUUCCACCAAUCUCCCCUCCAGCUACGGCGGCGUAAUGCCAAUAGUGGUUGAGAACAGUCUCCACAACCCUAAAUUCGACUCCGAUAUCGUUUCCCCUUUGUCCAGUGCGUACGGAUGCUCGUCUUCCGGCCCUUCUUCAGCCUCCAUGCCGCCGCUCGUGUCCUGCAACGACCCCAGCGAUGCCAUCCGGCGCCUCAUCGGAUCCAAUGGAUCGCUUGCGAUCUCCGAUCUGCGGGCGAUACAGCGGCUGGGAAGCGGUGACAUCGGAAGCGUCUAUCUCGCCGAGAUCAAAACGUGCGGUGGCGGGGGAGGCAGAGUUCUCGUGGCUGCUAAGGUUAUGGAUAAGGAGGAGCUCGAUGGGAGGAACAAGAGUGCGAGGGCUAAGACGGAAAGAGAGAUUCUCGAGAUGCUUGAUCAUCCGUUUCUGCCGAAGUUGUACGGAUGCGCUGAGAACGAGAAGCUCAGUUGUCUUCUAACUGAAUUCUGUCCCGGCGGCGAUCUUCAUCUUCUCCGGCAGCGGCAGCCGGGGAAGAGGUUCGACGAAAGGGCAGUCAGGUUCUAUGCAGCAGAGCUAGUGGUCGCCCUAGAGUACCUUCACGUGCUGGGCGUCAUCUACCGCGACCUAAAACCAGAAAACGUCCUCGUCCGAUCAGACGGCCACAUAAUGCUCACCGACUUCGACCUCUCUCUCAAAAGCGAAUACGGCUGCUCCCCCACCGCCCAAUUCGUCCGCGGCCCUCGCUCCUCCUCCUCCUCCUCCUCCCCCUCCCCCGCCUCCACAUCCAAUAGCCGGAGCAGCAACUGCAACUUCCGCAACUGCAUCGUUCCCGGCGUUUCCUGCUUCAACUCAAAGCACGCCUCUCGUAAGAAAACAGGCCCCCGCAAUGCCGGGCUGGAGUUCGUGGCCGAGCCCAUCGAUCUCCGCUCCAUGUCGUUCGUCGGAACGCACGAGUAUUUGGCGCCCGAGAUCGUGGCGGGAGAAGGGCACGGGAGCGCGGUGGAUUGGUGGACGCUGGGGGUGUUUAUCUACGAGCUGCUUUUUGGGGGAACGCCGUUCAAGGGAAUGAAUGAAGAUAGAACGCUGGCGAAUAUUCUCGCGCGGGGGCUGGAGUUUCCGAAGGAGCCGGCGGUUUCGGCGGCGGCGCGGGAGCUUAUAGCUGGCCUUUUGGUAAAGGAUCCGGCGAAGAGGAUUGGGUCUGUGACGGGAGCGGCGGGGGGGGAGGGGCGAUUCUGCCAUUCCUUUUUCAGUGGCGUGAAUUGGGCGCUGCUGCGAUGUGAGGUGCCUCCGCACGUGCCGCCGAAGUUCUCUGUUGAUGCCGGGAGUAGUGGAGAGUUGUCGGAUGAUAGCAGCUCUGAGCGGCCGGUGGAGUAUUAUUAAUCAAUGGAAUUUAAAAUUUUCAUU